UAAUAACAUGUAGUAAUGGAUGAACUCUGCAUCAGCAUCUCAUUUACUACCAAACCUCACCUCACCAUGUGGGUUGCUCCUCCACACUUCCUCCUCCUCCUCCUCCUCCUACUCACCACCACCACCACCUUCCCAACAACCCACUCACUCUCCUUCAACAUCACCAACUUCGACGACGACACCACCGCCAUCGCCUACGAAGGUGACGGAAAAUCCACCAACGGCUCCAUCGACCUCAACAAAGUCUCCUACUUCUUCCGCGUCGGAAGAGCCAUCUCCGCCCAACCCCUCCACCUCUACGACCCAACAACCAAAACACUCACCGACUUCACCACCCGCUUCACCUUCACCAUCUCCGCCAUCAACAAAACCUCCUACGGCGAUGGCUUCGCCUUCUACCUCGCCCCUCUCGGCUACCAAAUCCCACCCAACUCCGCCGGCGGCACCUUCGGCCUCUUCAACGCCACCACCAACAACAACCUCCCUCAAAACCAUGUCGUCGCCGUCGAGUUCGACACCUUCGUCGGCUCCACCGACCCCGCCGUCAAACACGUCGGCAUCGACGAUAACUCCCUCACCUCUGUCGCCUUCGCCGCCUUCGACAUUGAUAGAAACCUCGGGAAACCCUGUCACGUUCUCAUCACCUACGAUGCUUCCUCGAAGACCCUUUUCGUCGCUUGGUCGUUCAAGGGAAGAAUCGAGAACAACAACAACGAUUCGGGUUCUCCCAAUUCGUCUCUUACAUACAAAAUUGACCUAAUGCAGAUUCUCCCUGAGUUGGUGAAUGUAGGGUUUUCAGCUUCCACUGGGCUUUCCACUGAGCAGAAUGUGAUUCAAGCUUGGGAGUUCAGUUCAACUUUGAAUUCCACGAUUCUGGAUGGAAGCAAUGGGAAGAGCAAGAGCUCUCACUCUCGAAUUGUUGUGGUUGUUGCGGCGGCGGUUGGUUCGAUUUUUCUGGUGCUUUUGGGGGCUGUUGUUGGGUAUUUGGUUGUGUGGAAGAAGAGAAGAGGGGAAUUUGAUGGUGAGGGUGAUGAGGAUGGAGGUUUGAUUUCAGUGAAAUUUGAUUUGGAUAAAGGGACUAUACCAAGAAGAUUUGAUUAUAAGGAGCUGGUUGAAGCUACUAAUGGAUUUGCAGAUGAUAGAAUGCUUGGGAGAGGAGGGUAUGGACAGGUUUACAAAGGGGUUUUGAGCUAUUUAGGAAGGGUUGUUGCUGUCAAGAGGAUCUUUGCUGAUUUUGAAAAUUCGGAGACCGUGUUCAUUAAUGAGGUUCGGAUCAUAAGCCGGUUGAUACAUCGGAACCUAGUUCAAUUCAUAGGGUGGUGUCAUGAGGAAGGAGAGUUUUUGCUUGUUUUUGAGUACAUGAUGAAUGGAAGCCUUGACACUCAUUUGUUUGGGAACAAGAAGAAUUUGCCCUGGGAAGUGAGGUAUAAAGUGGCUCUAGGUGUGGCGCAAGCGCUUCGUUAUCUUCAUGAGGACGCGGAGCAGUGUGUUCUUCAUAGGGAUAUUAAGUCGGCGAAUGUGUUGUUGGACAAUGAUUUUAGCACUAAGCUUGGGGAUUUUGGGAUGGCGAAGUUGGUGGAUCCGAGGUUGAGGACUCAGAGGACCGGUGUGGUUGGGACUUAUGGGUAUUUAGCGCCGGAAUACAUUAAUGGAGGGAGGGCUAGUAAGGAAUCUGAUAUGUACAGUUUUGGGAUUGUGGCUAUGGAGAUUGCAAGUGGGAGGAGGAUUUUUCAGGAUGGGGACUUUCAUGUGCCUCUGUUGAAUUGGGUGUGGGGACUUUAUGUGGAAGGGAAUGUUUUGGAUGCUGCUGAUGGGAGAUUGAACAAGGAGUUUGAUGUGAAUCAAAUGACUAGCUUGCUCAUUGUGGGGCUGUGGUGUACUCAUCCAAAUGACAAGGAAAGGCCAAAGGCUGCAGAAGUGAUUAAGGUUCUUCAACUCGAAGCGCCGUUGCCGGAGAUUCCGCUCGACAUGCAUGAUCGUCUUCCUCAUUCAGGGUUGCGGCAGGGGCCGCGGCAGCCACCACCGCCCCCGCCCAAUUACUCUUCACAACCACCACCCAUCACCCACAGCCUUGUUAGUGUUGGCACCAACAGCCUUGUUAGUGUUGGCCGUUAAUUGAUUUGAGUUACACCAUUCUGAGCAGCUAUGUGCAUUUUUUUGUGUGGAAGAUGUGCUUCUUUAUGUUCAAUUGAAUUCAUUCAAUGCAACACCCGGCGGUUGGUUCAAAUUGUACAUAUUUGAUUGAGUUUGAAAAAAUGUCUCGAAUGCAAGCCCCAAUAGAAUAUGGAUGUCUGAGGCGAGAACAAGAUUGUCUCCGUAUAGGAUGUAUUUGUGUGUUAAAUAAAAAAAAUCAUUCUGUAUUUUUAUUCCUCUAUGUAACAAAUUAUUUGAUACCUUGAUAAAUGGUUGAGACAGGUCGUUUUCAUUUUUUCCUUC